GAACUUGCCUUUUCCGGAGCACUCAUCCUGCGACAUUAUUUCAGCCACUUCGUAUUCGAGCCACACUUAGUGACUUACCCGCUACGGCAGCAAACGUUUGCGUAUCCCACUCAAUACCCCAAAUCAAGUAGAACACCAUGUCUUCACCGCGCCCAGUUGUUUUCAUGGACGUAAAUAUCGGGGAAACACCUGCGGGUCGGCUGAAGAUGGAACUUUUCAGCGAUAUUGUGCCCAAAACAGCAGAGAACUUCAGGCAACUAUGUACGGGAGAGUAUCGUGUCAAUUCUCGACCGCAAGGCUACAAGGGAGCGACAUUCCACAGAGUUGUGCCGAAUUUCAUGUGCCAAGGUGGAGACUUUAUCAAGGGCGAUGGCACUGGCUCGUUCUCAAUAUACGGCGACAAGUUCCCGGAUGAGAACUUCCAAGAGAAGCACACCGUUCCAGGGCUGUUGUCAAUGGCGAACUCGGGCGCAAACACAAAUGGCUGUCAGUUCUUCAUCACGACAGCCAAGUGCGACUUCCUAGACGGCAAACAUGUCGUCUUCGGCAAGGUGAUCGACGGUAUGCUGACGCUGCGGAAGAUCGAGAACGUCCCGACAGGUCCGAACAACCGACCGAAGUUGGCGGUCAAAAUAGUCGAGUGUGGGGAGAUGUGAAGAACAUGUUCGUCCAUCUUCUGAAUUGAAGUGAGGCCGUACCGGAGCAACGCAUCUGACUCGGACUCCCGGAUUGUCCUCAACGUGUGUACCUUUUUUGUGAUGUAAUACAGAUCAUGCGCC